GGUUAGUUACAUUGUUUAUUUGUGGUAUCAUGACUCAUGCGUAUUUUGACUCAAAUCCAGUUUCUUCUAGUCCUCCGCCCACACGCCCCCCCCUAACACCACACGUUAUAAACUCCAGCAAUGCUCACCUCCUCAUUCAUUCAUUUAUUCACACUUCACUAGAGGACCGGACAGAAAGAAUGGACUCGGAUCACGAGUGCGGGGUUUGUUACCGGACCUUCAACGCGGGUCGCCGGUGUCCCCGGGAGCUUCACUGCCAACACAGCUUCUGUGAGAGCUGCCUGCGGGCCCUCUCACGGCCCCUGGGGGGCCAACGACUCAUCGUCUGCCCGCUGUGCCGACACACCACCUCCAUCUCCGGGGAGGGGAAGGAGGUGAGAGCCGAGCUGAGGGUGGACGAGUGCGUCCUGGAGCGGCUGAUCGUCUCCGGGGUCCUAGACCAGGAAGAGGAAGAGGAGGAGGAGGAGGAGGGGGAAGAGGAGGGUCCGGACGGUCGGGUUCGAGACGGUCGUCGGGAGAGCCGGGGGCCGACGCUUCCCGAGUCUCCAGCCGAGCAGAGCGACCUCUCCCCGGGCUCCCGAGGCGGGAGGCUCCGGCGGGGCUGUAGGAGCGUCUGGAGGUCGAUUAGUGGGAAGAGGAGGGACCAAGGAGACUGUAUGAGCUGUGAGAACAUGAGGGACCUCGCCCUGAUGUCCAUCUACAUGUUUUAAAGAAUCCACAACUUCUGAUACCUGGGCUGAUGUGAAACUGUAUUUAUUUCCAAUGGUUCGCCUCUGCAACAUGAACUAUUGAUGAUGAUGUGAUGAAAGCAUGCAGGCAAAACACUCAACCAGCCAUAAUUUAAGUGAGCGUUUUGAGCCUUCUGAUUGCAUGUUUCAAUAAUUACCACUAUGCAGCCGUUGCACACAUAUGAAAAAAGAAAAGUGGAAAACGUCUGGCCCUUUGCGGGCCUAUUAUUGCACAUGUAUAUGGUAUUUACUAUUUUCAUGAAUGUAUUUUAUUUUGUAUUGUUACAUAUUUAAUGAAAAAUAAAUGAAUUCCUGUUUUUAAAAUUCAA